UUUACUGAUGUGCAUUGCAUAAUCCAGUUGCUCCGUGGAUUGAGGUAUCUCCACUCAGCCAAUAUCCUUCAUCGGGACUUGAAGCCCGGAAACCUCCUUGUCAAUGCCAAUUGUGAACUAAAGAUAUGCGACUUCGGGCUAGCACGAACUAGCAGAGACAACGGACAGUUCAUGACUGAAUAUGUUGUCACUCGCUGGUACCGUGCACCAGAGCUCCUCCUUUGCUGUGACAAUUAUGGAACCUCCAUUGAUGUCUGGUCUAUAGGAUGCAUCUUUGCUGAAAUUCUUGGACGGAAACCAAUCUUCCCUGGAUCCGAGUGCCUCAACCAGCUAAAGCUAAUUAUCAACGUCCUUGGUAGCCAAUGUGAAGCUGAUCUUGAAUUUAUUGAUGGUCAAAAGGCUAGGAGGUUUAUCAAAUCACUUCCGUAUGCUAGAGGAGUCCAAUUAUCUUCUCUGUACCCUCAUGCUGACCCUUUAGCUGUAGACUUGUUGCAGAGGAUGCUCGUGUUUGAUCCGUCUAAGAGAAUCACAGUCACGGAGGCUCUUCAUCACCCGUACAUGUCUAGCCUGUACGAUCCAAGCCGAAACCCUCCUGCGCAAGUUGAAAUCAAUCUUGACAUUGAUGAGAAUAUGGGAGAAGGUAUGAUUAGACAGCUGAUGUUGAGAGAAAUGCUUCAUUAUCAUCCUGAAGCUGCUUGUGCCAAUACAUAACUCACGUCUAGAAAAAGUUUCAUUUUUGUUUUCUUUUUGGCAGAAACAAAAACAAAAACAAAAACCAAAAAGAAGAA